AGGAGAAAGAAGAGACAAUCACACACACACACGCACGAUUCUGUGUAACAACAAGCGCCACUCCAACCACACCAACCAACCAACCCACCCCACGAGCGACGAACGUCAAGAUGGAGAGCAUGGGCGUGCCGCAGCUGCAGCUGUUCAACUCGUACACCCGCCAGAAGGAGGUGUUUGUGCCGCGGGAGAGGAACCGUGUCACGUGGUAUGGCUGCGGUCCCACGGUUUACGACGCCUCGCACAUGGGGCACGCACGUGCGUACAUCACGUUCGACAUCAUGCGCCGCGUCCUCCGCGACUACUUCAAGUACGACUGCGAGUAUGUGAUGAACAUCACCGAUCUCGAUGACAAGAUCAUCCUGCGUGCUCGCCAGAACCACCUGUUUGAGCAGUACAUUGCUCAGGAGACGCUCGACCGCGACACCGUGCUCCAGGACAUCAAGGAAGCCCUUGAGCGCCUCGACGUGAAGAUUGCCGACCCCGAGGAGGAGCCCGAGAAGAAGAAGAUGUAUGGCAAGGCCAAGGACGCCGUGCAGGCCGCCACUGUCGCGCUGCCAGAGUCGCCAGCACGCGAGGACCUUGUCGCCCUGUGCACUGCCGCAAAGGACCCGCUCUCCGCCAUCCUCGACAAGCGCAAGGGCUCAACCGUGUCGGACCACUCCAUCUUCUCCUCCGUGUCCCGCAAGUGGGAGGCCGAGUUCCACCGCGACAUGAACGCCCUCAACGUUGAGGCACCAGACGUGCUCAAGCGGGUGACGGAGUGCGUGCCUGAGAUUGCCGCGUUUGUGCAGCGCAUCAUCGACAACGGAUACGGCUACGAGGCAAACGGCAGCGUGUACUUUGAUGUCGCCGCCUUCCGCGGCAGCAGCGAGCACAACUACCCGAAACUGCUCCCUGAGGCCGCUGCCAACGCCAAGGCGCUUGAGGAAGGGGAGGGCGCACUGUCGUCUGGCGCUGGCGAUAAGCGCAGCCAGAGCGACUUUGCCCUGUGGAAGGCGAGCAAGCCUGGCGAGCCCGCUUGGCCCUCACCGUGGGGACAGGGGCGGCCUGGGUGGCACAUCGAGUGCUCUGUGAUGGCGAGUAGCGUCCUCAACGACAACAUGGACAUUCACUCCGGUGGCGUGGACCUCAAGUUCCCGCACCACGACAACGAAUGCGCGCAGUCGGAGGCAUACUACGGCAACGACAAGUGGGUCAACUACUUUAUCCACUCGGGCCAUCUCCACAUUGAGGGCCACAAGAUGUCAAAGAGCCUCAAGAACUUUAUCACCAUCAAGGAGGCGCUGGACCAGUACACCGCGCGCCAGAUCCGUCUCAUGUUCCUCCUCCACAACUGGAAGGCCACCCUCGACUACAGUUCCCACUCCAUGAUGACGGCCAUCUCCUACGAGAAAAUGUUCAAUGAGUUCUUCCUGAACGUUUCCUCUGCGCUGUACGGAGCUGAUCCGUUUUCGUUCUUCAAGCCGGACGCGGAGGACCGAGCAAUCUUGCAGCAGUUCAAGGCGACCAAACAGCACAUCCACAACGCCCUCUGCGACAGCAUCGACACGCCACUGGUGAUGCAGCUGUCAAAGCAGCUGAUUACUGCGGUGAACGUGUACAUCAAGGAGAAGGAGGCUGCUGGGAGCGCGCCCCAGGCUGCACUUCUGCGUCAGAUUGGGCGCUACUUCACGGAGCUGCUUGCGCUGUUUGGUGUUGUGGAGACGCCCGAGGAGAUUGGCUUCCACGCUGCUGGUGCGCAGGGCAGUAUGGAGGACGCCGUCCUGCCGCAGCUGCUCGCCUUUGCACACACGCGCGAGGCUGUGCGCCAGACUGCCCUCACAAAGAAAGACAAGGCCGUGCUGAAGAUGUGCGAUGAAAUCCGCGACGAUGAGCUGCCAAACGUUGGCGUGCGCCUCGAAGACAAGGAACAAGGCCCUGUUGUGAAGCUUGUGGAUCGGGAGAUUCUGAUGCAGGAACGAGAGCGGGAGCUGGCCAUCAAGCGGGAGAAGGAGCGCAAGAAGGCCGAAGCCGCGGCGAAGCGCGCCAAAGAGGAGGAGGAAAAGCGCGAGAAGGCAAAGAUGCGCCCGCAGGACAUGUUCAAGAACAACCCGGCCUACAGCCAGUUUAACGAGCGCGGUGUCCCGACCCACGACAAGGAUGGGGAGCCGCUGCCCAAGUCUGCCCUGAAGAAGCUGGAGAAGCAGUGGAAGGCGCAGGACAAGCUGCACAAGAAGUACUUCCCAGGCGAGGAGUAAGGAGGGCGCUGCUGAAAGGACGAGUGGAUGGUUGCUGUGACAUGACGACUUUGCAUCACGCGUCCGAACUCAAAUGGAAGUCGAAAAACUGUUCAAAUGGUUGCCAAUUUUCCACACCCAACAACCC